AGUCAUGACUACCGUAGCCGUACAUGUGGACUCCAAAGCUGAGCUCACUACCCUGCUGGAGCAAUGGGAAAAAGAACAUGGCAGUGGGCAGGACAUGGUACCAAUCCUUACCAGGAUGUCUGAAUUGAUUGAAAAGGAAACUGAAGAAUAUCGUAAGGGGGAUCCAGACCCAUUUGAUGAUCGACAUCCUGGUCGAGCUGAUCCCGAGUGUAUGCUGGGCCACUUACUGAGAAUACUCUUCAAGAAUGAUGAUUUCAUGAAUGCAUUGGUAAAUGCAUAUGUGAUGACGAGCAGAGAACCCCCUUUAAACACUGCUGCUUGCAGACUCCUUCUGGACAUCAUGCCAGGGCUGGAAACUGCUGUUGUUUUUCAAGAAAAGGAAGGAAUUGUUGAAAAUCUUUUUAAAUGGGCUAGAGAAGCUGAUCAACCUUUGAGGACAUAUUCUACUGGAUUAUUAGGAGGCGCUAUGGAAAAUCAAGACAUUGCUGCCAACUAUAGGGAUGAAAAUUCACAGCUGGUGGCAAUAGUGCUUCGAAGACUGAGGGAGCUACAGCUUCAAGAAGUGACUUUGCGUCAGGAAAGCAAACGUCCUAGCCCACGGAAACCCUCUGAACCCCUUUUGCCUCUAGAUGAAGAAGCUGUGGAUAUGGACUAUGGUGAUAUGGCUGUAGAUGGAGUGGACGGUGAACAUGAAGUGGUCUCUGGGGACAUGGAGAUCUCCUUUCAGCUGGACUCAGGCCACAAGACCAGUAGCAGAGUGAACUCGGCAACCAAACCCGAGGAAGGAGGGUUGAGGAAACACAAAUUAGCAAAGCAGGGUGACAGAGAGAACUUUAGAAAAGCUAAGCAGAAGUUAGGUUUUUCAUCGUCUGAUCCAGAUCGAGUGUUUGUUGAAUUAUCUAAUAGCAGCUGGUCAGAAAUGUCUCCCUGGGUGAUUGGCACCAAUUAUACCCUUUUCCCUAUGACUCCUGCUAUUGAGCAACGGCUUAUUCUCCAAUAUUUGACUCCCCUAGGAGAAUAUCAGGAGUUACUUCCCAUAUUCAUGCAACUUGGAUCACGGGAGCUGAUGAUGUUCUAUAUUGACCUGAAACAGACCAAUGAUGUCCUUUUGACAUUUGAAGCACUUAAGCAUCUAGCAUCUCUCCUGCUCCAUAACAAGUUUGCCACAGAAUUUGUUGCCCAUGGGGGAGUACAGAAAUUACUGGAAAUUCCUCGUCCUUCUAUGGCUGCAACUGGUGUAUCCAUGUGCUUGUAUUACCUUUCCUACAACCAGGAUGCUAUGGAAAGAGUUUGCGUGCAUCCCCAUAAGGUUCUGUCUGAUGUGGUGAACUACACCUUGUGGUUAAUGGAAUGUUCUCAUGCCUCAGGAUGCUGCCAUGCUACCAUGUUUUUCUCAAUCUGCUUCUCCUUUCGAGCUGUGCUGGAACUCUUUGACCGCUAUGAUGGUCUUCGUCGUCUAGUGAACUUGAUAAGUACUCUGGAGAUUUUGAAUUUGGAAGAUCAGGGUGCACUUCUGAGUGAUGACGAAAUAUUUGCCAGCCGUCAAACUGGGAAACAUACCUGCAUGGCCUUGCGCAAGUACUUUGAGGCUCACCUAGCCAUUAAAUUGGAACAAGUGAAGCAGUCUCUUCAGAGGACAGAAGGGGGCAUUCUUGUCCAUCCUCAGCCCCCAUAUAAGGCAUGUUCAUAUACUCAUGAGCAGAUUGUGGAAAUGAUGGAGUUUUUGAUAGAAUAUGGCCCAGCACAGCUGUAUUGGGAACCAGCUGAAGUCUUCCUCAAACUCACUUGUGUCCAGUUGUUAUUGCAGCUUAUUUCUAUUGCUUGCAAUUGGAAAACCUAUUAUGCAAGGAAUGACACCGUGCGCUUUGCUUUGGAUGUCCUGGCUAUUCUCACGGUUGUGCCAAAAAUCCAGCUCCAGUUGGCAGAACCAGUGGAUGUGCUAGAUGAGGCUGGAUCCACUGUCUCUACUGUGGGGAUCAGCAUUAUUUUGGGAGUUGCCGAGGGUGAGUUCUUUAUCCAUGAUGCUGAGAUUCAGAAGUCAGCACUUCAGAUUAUCAUCAACUGUGUGUGUGGCCCAGAUAACCGGAUUUCCAGCAUUGGUAAAUUUAUCUCUGGAACUCCACGGAGAAAGCUGCCGCAGACUCCCAAAAGCAGUGAACACAUCCUGGCAAAGAUGUGGAAUAUCGUUCAGUCCAACAAUGGCAUCAAGGUGCUCCUGUCCUUACUCUCCAUCAAGAUGCCUAUUACAGAUGCAGAUCAGAUUCGGGCCCUGGCCUGCAAAGCCCUGGUGGGCUUGUCUCGUAGUAGCACUGUCCGACAGAUCAUCAGCAAACUGCCCCUUUUCAGUAGCUGCCAGAUACAGCAGUUGAUGAAGGAGCCUGUGCUACAGGACAAACGCAGUGACCACGUUAAGUUCUGCAAGUAUGCUGCUGAACUCAUUGAACGGGUAUCAGGAAAACCACUUCUCAUUGGCACUGAUGUGUCCCUGGCAAGACUGCAGAAGGCAGACGUUGUUGCCCAGUCAAGGAUCUCCUUCCCUGAGAAAGAGCUGCUUUUGCUGAUUCGAAACCAUCUCAUUUCUAAAGGGCUCGGGGAAACAGCUACUGUGUUGACAAAAGAAGCUGACUUGCCCAUGACUGCUGCUUCCCAUUCCUCUGCCUUCACCCCUGUAACUGCUGCUGCUUCUCCUGUGUCUCUGCCCCGAACUCCUCGAAUCGCCAAUGGCAUUGCGACUCGACUGGGCAGCCACGCUACCGUGGGUGCCUCUGCUCCCUCUGCCUCCACUACCCAUCCUCCACCACGGCCCCCCCAGAGUUCACUAGCUUUGCCUGGCCCAUCUUAUGCAGGCAAUUCUCCUUUGAUUGGUAGGAUUAGUUUUAUCAGAGAGAGGCCAUCACCUUGCAAUGGUAGGAAAAUUAGAGUGCUGCGACAGAAGUCGGACCAUGGUGCUUACAGCCAAAGCCCAGCCAUAAAAAAGCAGUUGGAUAGACAUCUUCCUUCCCCACCUACGCUGGACAGUAUCAUCACAGAAUAUCUUAGAGAACAGCAUGCUCGUUGCAAGAACCCUGUUGCCACCUGCCCACCUUUCUCUCUCUUUACUCCUCACCAAUGUCCUGAGCCAAAACAGAGGCGGCAAGCGCCAAUAAACUUUACCUCGAGGCUAAACCGAAGGGCAUCAUUUCCAAAGUAUGGAGGGGUGGAUGGCGGAUGCUUUGAUAGGCACCUCAUCUUCAGCAGGUUUCGCCCCAUUUCAGUGUUUCGAGAAGCCAAUGAAGACGAGAGUGGCUUUACCUGCUGUGCAUUCUCAGCACGGGAACGAUUCUUGAUGCUAGGCACCUGCACCGGCCAGUUGAAGCUCUACAAUGUGUUUAGUGGACAGGAGGAGGCCAGCUAUAACUGUCAUAAUUCAGCCAUCACACACCUUGAGCCCUCCAGGGAUGGAUCCUUGCUAUUGACAUCUGCUACUUGGAGCCAACCUUUGUCUGCACUUUGGGGAAUGAAGUCAGUAUUUGAUAUGAAGCAUUCCUUCACAGAAGAUCAUUAUGUUGAAUUCAGUAAACAUUCUCAGGAUCGGGUCAUAGGUACAAAAGGCGACAUUGCCCAUAUUUAUGAUAUUCAGACUGGCAACAAGCUGUUGACUCUGUUUAACCCAGAUCUUGCCAACAACUACAAGAGGAACUCUGCCACCUUUAAUCCUACAGACGAUCUUGUCUUAAAUGAUGGCGUCCUCUGGGAUGUCCGCUCCGCACAGGCCAUCCACAAGUUUGACAAAUUCAACAUGAACAUCAGUGGUGUUUUUCAUCCAAAUGGAUUGGAAGUUAUCAUUAAUACAGAAAUUUGGGACCUUCGAACUUUUCAUCUUUUACAUACAGUUCCUGCUCUGGAUCAGUGUCGUGUAGUCUUCAACCACACAGGGACUGUGAUGUAUGGAGCUAUGUUGCAGGCAGAUGAUGAAGAUGACUUAAUGGAAGAAAGGAUGAAAAGCCCUUUCGGGUCAUCCUUCCGAACAUUUAAUGCAACUGACUACAAGCCUAUAGCAACCAUUGAUGUGAAACGAAACAUCUUUGAUCUGUGUACAGACACCAAAGACUGCUAUCUUGCUGUUAUUGAGAAUCAAGGCAGCAUGGAUGCUCUGAAUAUGGACACGGUGUGCAGGCUUUAUGAAGUUGGCAGGCAGCGUCUGGCCGAGGAUGAGGAUGAAGAGGAGGACCAGGAAGAAGAAGAACAGGAAGAAGAAGAUGAUGAUGAUGAUGAAGAUGACACUGAUGAUCUAGAUGAGCUCGACACUGACCAGUUACUCGAGGCGGAGUUGGAGGAGGAUGACAACAAUGAGAACGCAGGGGAGGAUGGAGACAAUGACUUCUCUCCCUCUGAUGAGGAGCUAGCAAACCUUCUAGAUGAGGGAGAGGACGGGGAUGAUGAAGAUUCUGAUGCAGACGAGGAAGUGGAACUGAUCCUGGGAGACAGUGACAGCUCUGAUAACUCUGACUUGGAAGAUGACAUCAUCUUAUCGUUGAAUGAAUGAAGAGCCAUCACCAUGUAGAAGAGAGAUUUUUGGCUGAGUCAAAUGAAUUCAGAACUUUUGAAUUCCCUUUUCUUUCUCCCAGGGCUUUCUGUCUGUAUGCCCUGUAUUCAGAGGAUUAUGGCGUGGAGAGUCUCAUUGGAAUCUGAGGGUCUGAAAACAAUUAACCACCAUCAUCAUAACCCCCCCCCCCAAAAAAAAAUACAACAGUGGUUAGACCUUCUUCUGCUCCCCUUUCUCAAUGGACAUCUUUCCUCAAGGGAAAAAAAAAACAUGUCUCUGGGUUAUUUCACAAUAUAUUUUCUUUGUAUAAUGUUCUUUACUUAAAGAACAAGAAAUAGUUUUUUAUAAAACUUAAAAAAGAAAAAAAAAACACCAGACAUUUAUAACUGAGGGUAUGAACUUAUAUCCACUAAGUCUCUUGUCCCUGCACUUCAUUUUCGGUGGGAGAAAAUGAUGUCUAAAGAACAGUAGAGGCAUGAGGCAUUUUUACAUACAUAUUUAAAUGAAAAGGAAAAUCGUGAUUUCAUAAAUUGAUAAGGAUUAAGAAUAUUUUAUUAUAAAUAUAAUAUAUGAUUUUUUUAACCUGUUUUGUUGCCUCAUCUGCUAUCACAGGUUAAUUUGUUUUUCUUCGUGCUAGAGCUGGGGAGGAAGGCACUGCAAGGUCUUUGUGGAUACUGGUUUUGUGGAGUUGAGAGAACUUAAGGAUAUAAGUUUACUCCCUCUAUUUUCUUUUGCAAUCCCCCCCCCCCCCAAUCCUUUUUUCUUCCCUUCUCCCAAUGUGGAAAUUACAAAUCAAAGGCCUUUUUCUUUAAUGUAAAGUGUAUUUAUUUAAAAAAAUACAAAAUAAACAAGUCUGUCUGUUUAUA